UAUGCCAGGUUGCGGGCGGGAGGCUUGCCAGUGGCGAUGUAGGAGUGAGUGCAGAGAACAGGUGGACCGGUUUCCUGCUGCCAGGUUUAAGAAAUUUGCCACAGAAGAUGAAGCUUGGGCCUUUGUCAGGAGCUCUCCAAGCCCAGAUGGUUCAAAAGGGCAGGACACCACUCGUGUGCAGGAACCACAGGUGAAGACCAGCAAGCGGCCUCGGGAGCCCGUGGGCGAAGGGGAAGAGCUGGCAGAACCAGGGUCAAAGCACACCAGACAGAACACGGAGCCGGCUCCCCCAGUGAGCAAGGACACGUUUUCUUAUAUGGGAGAAUCAGUUGUUGUUUACACAGACGGCUGCUGCUCCAGUAACGGGCGGAGGCGGGCGAGAGCAGGAAUUGGCGUUUACUGGGGGCCAGGCCAUCCCUUAAAUGUAGGUGUUAGACUUCCUGGGCGACAGACAAACCAGAGGGCAGAGAUCCAUGCAGCCUGCAAAGCCAUCAUGCAAGCCAAGGCUCAGAACAUCAGCAAGUUGGUUCUUUACACAGACAGCAUGUUCACCAUCAAUGGGAUAACCAGCUGGGUUCAGGGCUGGAAGAAGAAUGGCUGGAGAACAAGCACAGGGAAGGACGUGAUCAACAAGGAGGACUUCAUGGAGCUGGACGAGCUCACCCAGGGCAUGGACAUCAAGUGGAUACACAUUCCUGGUCACUCUGGAUUUGUGGGCAAUGAAGAGGCUGACAGGCUGGCAAGGGAAGGCGCGAAGCAGUCUGAAGCCUGAGCAAAGUAGGUGCGGUGCACGCAGACCCGAGGCAGCAGCUGUUCCUUUACCCUGAUACGCAGAGAGGCCACAGCAUGGAGGACUGGCGUGGGACCUGUGACACAGCUGAUGAGAAGUGCUUCAAUAAUGGAAAGGGAAGGCUGAGCUGACACUUCAGUUCUGUGCCUUUUGGGGAUGGUAUUAUUGUUUGAUUUGUUGCCGUCUGGCCCAGAGUGCUCCAGCAAGCCUGGUGGUAGUGAUACACAAAAACAAAACAAAAACAUGCUGCAACUUGAUUUCAGUAGCCACUGUUCAGUAUGCGCAGUCUGAAGGUUCCAGAACGUCCAUUUUCCUCCCAAUGUGCACAAGUACACACUCCUGCCCCUGCUGGCACCCGGUGCCUCUGUGUACAUAAGAGGUGAUGUGACCAAGUGGGACCCAAGGCUGGUCUUGUUACAGGCAGAGCCCGCACCCAGAUGACCUUGGCUCCGGAGCCACCUUGUAGGAAACAGUUGAGAACUUUAAAGAACAAGAUUCACGAAUAUAUUGCUAAUAGAUUUCUUUGGCUACUUUUAUUAUUUAUUUUUAUAAUAAAAAUAUACAGGAAUGAUAAAA